GUUUUUGGUCCCUUGGGGAGGCGCAGGAGUAGGAAGAAGAAGUAUCAACCAGUAAACCGUGAAGUGUGCUUUUCUUAAACAGCUGCCCCCCCCUACUUCCACCGCCAUCCCUGCCAAGGUCCCAACGCCUGCUCCCCAGGCCCCGAAGAGGAACCAGCGGCAUGAUGUCACACACCUGUUUGGCUGGAGGCUGCGGCCCGGCGACGCUCGCAGCCGUGGGUGUUGCAUUGGCACUCUCGCCAAUCCCCCCCACCCCCCCACUCACGCCCUGUGGAUGUGUCAAAAUGGCAGAUGAUGGUUGGGGUGUGUGCAGCUGCUUGGGAGGAGGAGAGCCAAGGGCGCUCAUUUCCUGCGCCGCAGACGGAGCACUCUCUGGUCAAGCUGUGGGUUCCCGCAGCCGGCGCAGGAGCUCACCGCAGCGUCUACCGGAGUCAGGUGAGUGGCACUCUGCGGCAAGCCGGACUGGAUCAGGACCGGAUCGGCAACGGAUUCAGUGAAACUCUUGGAAGGCAAAAGCAACAUCCUGAGUUGGUGAGGAGACAGCAGAGGUGCUGACACGCCGACAGGCAGGGGAUCCUGGGAAAAGCCACAGACAGGAAGAGCCUGACUGACUUUGACCCCGGAGGUCAAGGCUGGGGGCUCGGCAACUGAAAGAUGUUUCCAAGCCACACUCGCGCUAUCAUCAAGUUUUUUUUUUUUGCAGGAAGCAACUUCCAAAUGCGGUGAAAUAUGCAGGGAGACCCUUUUCAUUAUUUUAUUGCUGGCUCUUUUGUUUUGCUCGCCAUGACAUGAAAUGCGAUUUGGCCCUGAGCUAUAUUUGACUUAUUUGUGCGAGGGUCACUGUAUGUAAUUGCAUAGAGCUUAAGUCCACGUCCCAUUUCGACCAUGUGAAAACAGCUAUUUUCUUCGCUCUCAAGAUAUGCUGGGACUAAUAGAAUUAUCAUGUGGAGGCUAUAAAACUACACAAGCUCGUGUACCGUACGAGGGGCAUACCGGAAGGAACAAUUGAAAAAUGUUGACCGAAAAUGCACCGGUUAAACUAAAUAUUUAAACAAAAUAUAAACUAAAAUAUGAGAAAAAAAACGUAUCGUGAGAAUAACAUCAGCCAGUGGCUUGCAUAUGUCACCAACAGUGGUUUAAAAGUAUACAACAAAAAUCGAUAUUUUUCACAAAAACAAAUUAAACUGCUUAAACAUUGUACGUAACGUUCACACACACACAAAAAAAACAGUCACAGAAGAGCGACCGCCAAGUUGGAGUCAUCGUAUUGUUAUGUUAUGUUAGGCCGUACAUACACUUCUAGCUAAACUUUGCCAAAUCGCUAAAGCCAGCUGACAAUAAACAUAACCGCGUGUGAUCCGUCGACAUCACCUCUACGCUAAAGACUUUGUACGUAUAGAAAAAUAUUGCGAGACAAAGUCGGAAUGUCCUGUUAAGAAACUCAUAUAAUUUUACAACUUAAAAAUAAACAUUGGAAUAAUGUAGCAUAUUUGCAAAAUUAUAUUUUACUGCUAAGAGUCAUCAUUUUAAGAAAAAAGCCUUACAAAAUUGGGAGAGAAGGUCUUAUAAAAAAUAUUAAUAUAAUAAUGUAACAAGGUUGUCGUACUGUUAGGAAAUAGUAAAAAAAAAUAAAAGUUAAGAUACUCCAAAGGUUAUAAUAAUGAAGUAGGAAUAUUAUGGGAAUAAAAUUGUGAAUCAGCAAAAAAAAAAUUCUAAUGACUUAACUUAAAAGGAAGACUAAUAAAAAGGACUAAUAGAAUGUGUCACUUUAUCAUUUCCGCCAGAUUGUGACUUUUCCCCUCACAAUAUUACUACUUUAUUCUGUUCGAAUUACAGCGUUACUCUUGUAAAAUAUAUUAUUUUCAUAAUAUUCCAUGUUUAUCAUAAGAAAAUGCCAACCUCUUACUGGUAAAAUCUCAAUUGUGGUGAUUCAGACAUUAUUUGUGUAAUCCUGUGACUCCAUUCCUGUAGUGUCAUGCGAGUUCUAUUGAGAGCGGCGCUAAUGUCACACUCCUCCCUCUCUGACAAGUGUUUCGAAUUAGGCAGAUUGUAUCUUUUCUCUCUCUCGGGGUCUCCGAAGGCCUUUUAGAGUAAAACCAAAAGAUGGCGAGAGGAGAUUGUCCUGUAGCCAGUCUGGCACAAAGAGCCAUAAAUCAAGGCGUCCAUCGUUUGUCACCCUUCUGUCUCUGCAGCUCCUGGCCCGGACCCGCCGUGUACCAGUUCUGAAUCUUUCCGGCCCAAAUGUAUCCAUCAAGCCCCACCGAGUGGCUGCCAGCCACCGAGCCGCCCCGGCGAUCGAUGGGCGCGAUGUACCCUCCCUCUCGGCCUGUGCGCGGCUCUCCCUGCGUGGGAAGGGGACAGAGGGGGGAGAAGACAAGGCAGGCCUUCACAUGGUGGAGAGGCGCCUGUUGACCAGUUGGUGGUGCUCCUGUCACGGUGAAUUCGCACCAACACGCUCUUCUCUCUCUGCAAAGAUGUCUCUCCGAAAGUGGUCGUGACAGUGGGGGGGGAGACAUUUGACAGCUGCGCUCCUCGGGUUCAAAGGUCAUGUCAAGUCCUGGACGAGUCUCAAGUCUCCGCCAGACAUGCAGAGCCGGGAGGCCACCUUGUCGUAGGAGUUUGACACAGUGUCCAUUGUGGAACAGCUGUAAAACACAAAUUAUUAACUCCACAUGCCUGCGCCUUGUGAUGAACUGGAAUCCCAGAACAACCUUUGGAUUCCGGCCAGUCACCUUGGUGGGAGACGCUGAUUGAGAACAGGACUGUGGAUCCGGGUCAGCCAUUGUGCAUGCGCCCGCCGCCGAGGCCGAGAUACAUGACUAAUGCGAGGGUGUGGCGAGGCUGUUUGAAUGCAUUUAAUCUGCCGGGCCCCGCGGACGCAGCAGCUGCGGAAUGACACCGUGGAAAAACAUUUUUCAGGGCUUAUGCUGCCUAAUCUAAUGGAUUUGGGAAGGAGGAACAAUAUUCCGGACCUUUUUUCCGCCCUGAGGAACAAGCGAGAUGAUUUGUUGAGGGGCCCCGGGGAGCGAGCGCGCCUUGAAAACAGCUUAACGCAGAGCAAGAUGGGUCAAGAGGAACAAUUUCUUCAUUCUGACAGAUGGCUCCAAAAUGUAUUAGCGGAGAGGCCAACUGUCAAUCCGGCCGCCCAAAGCUCCAUCCAUCCUCUCUAAAGGCUCGCCGCCGUCCCUUUGGCCUCGCUCUGGAUCAAGUCCCCAUAAGACCCCCCCACCCCUCCACCCUCGACCCCGUUAGAGGUGCAUGAUGGGCGGCCCUGUCACUUCAAAUGGUUGCCCGGGUCCGGCGCGAGAGUCGCCCCUCACUGUCCGUCCUGGCUGCUCAGUACAAACAGGAUGAAGCAACCAAAAGCACCACGGACUUCCGUGGCAGUUGAGAAUAUUUCCAAGAGUGACGCAUCGUCACCACUCCCCCCCCCCCCCCCCGACCUCCAAAGAGAUAUCACAAAUGGCUGCCACUCCUCCCACGGCAACAUGAGAACGAGAUUAGGAGCACAGACAGGAAACAGGAAGACGACACAUGACUGAGCUCUGACAAUCACACACUACAGGAUGGACAGAGGGCAAAGGAGAUGAAGGAGCAGAAGGAGAGCCGCUGCACUCCAAAGACCAUCUCCUUGCUGAGUCCCCUGGGGAAGAUCCAAGUCAGCGGAUGUGAGAAUGGCGUGCACACCAUCCAGAUCCUAAUGGAUGUCGCACCUGCUGAAAGGAGCGGCGAGCCCCCCCUGAGCUGCUGCGUGGUCAACGGAGGCCCGGCGGAAACCGGCCCCGAGUUGCGACGCUGCGUGGAAUGGCUCCAGGCGUACUUCAACCAGCCGAGGAGCGCCGAGACUCUCCUCCUGCCGCCGCCGCCCGCCUUUCACCACCCCGCCCUGAGCGCAGAUACCUUCACCAGUCGCGUGCUGCACGUCCUGAUGAAAGACGUAAAAAUGGGGGAGACGGUCUCCUACAAGCGCCUGGCGGAGAUGGCGGGAAACCCCGCAGCGGCGCGGGCGGUGGGAGGAGCCAUGAGGAGGAACCCGAUUCCGCUCAUCAUCCCCUGCCACCGAGUCAUUUCUAGCAGCGGCCAGAGCGGCCCGUACAUGGGCGGCAGGGGCGACCACCUCAAACAAUGGCUCCUCGCCCACGAGAGGCGGCGCGAGGAGGGCUGACACGGCGGACGCCAACUGUCCAAGAAAACACACACAUACACACACGGUUAUGUGUAAAUAUUCAUAUUUUUAAAUCCAAGAAUAGAGGUGCUGCAUAGUUAAUGUAGUAACUGAGUUGUUGCCGAAUUAGAAUGUACAAAAAUAACUUAAACAGAAGAGUCGGAAUUACAAACAUAUGCUCCCGUGGGUCCCACGCUGCGUUUGCCAGAUAGUGCUGGAAUGCUUUUUCUAAAGCGUUAUUAUUCCCUUAAAAAUAUGUCUCUCGCAUUGUUGUUGUUGUUGUUUUUUUUUUUCCUGAGCAGAAUUAGUCUUUGUACCUCUCGUUGGCUUUUUAAUUUCCUGCCAAGCGAGUGCUUUGUUCGACAUCCAGUGAUAAAGGCUCAGAAAUUUGCGGCUCCAAAGCUUUGUAGUGGAGUAUUUGUUUUUGUCUCCAUUUAGAGCUCAUUGUUUGCUCGCGUCUUUACACCUUACGCCGUCUUAUGCAUUAUAUACGGCGCUUUAAGCUCCGCGCGCACGUGUCAAAUUACAGCCCUUUUUCAUCACCUUUAAUUGCAUUUACUAACAAUAAAUGAAAGUUGAAUUUCUGAUGAGGCUCCUCUCCGCGUCUUGUCUGUUUUGUCAGAGCUGCUCCGCUCCGGAGUGUUUUCCAUUAGAGGGCAGUACAGAACGGGGAAAAAAAAAAAACCCGACGUGCAAGAUUUCAACCUGGAAUUCAUCCUGCACGUUGCAGGCGUGACUUACAUGUUUAUGUCUUAUUUUAUUUCUCGCUUUUAAUCCCUUUUGAGGGGAAUUAUUUUAUCUGGGAAGGACCAUAUGGGGAAAGACGGGUAAAAUGUGUGUGUGUGUGUGUGUGUGUGUGUGGAUGGUUUGACAGAACACUUCCACUAGCCCCUUCCACCCUCCUUAAGGAUCUUUUGUUGCGUUGACGGUUUCAUUCUCUUCUCUCCUCCUAUUAAAUUCCUGAUUCUGCUCACUGUCUAAUGCAAUUCCGGAGUGACCCUGACAUGUCCAUAGUUAUUCCUCCUCUGUGCAGCCCAGGUAGCCUUAAUAAUCCACCCUCCCAAAAUAACCUCAGCUCUCUAACCUUUACUGAUCCAAUUCCUUCUGAAUACAUUUGAACUUUUUUUUUUUUUUUUUUGCUGCUGCAUUUUUGAAUUCCUCCUCCGACCGUCAGGCUCUCGCUGGCGCUGCCGUCGUCGGUAAGCGUGGAUGUGGAGACAGGCAGAUGAAGAAUGAGAGCCAGUCUGUGGUUUCACAGAGGGCUAAUGAUGCCUGUGGUGACUACAGGCUACAGUCAGCCCCCUAACGAAGGGAGUUGUGACACAGCCACAAGGGGUCCCAUUUAAGCCAGGCACACUCUGAAGUGCACUGUAAGCACCCUCCUUUUUUUUUUUUUUUUUUUUUGCUUGUGGCUAACUAAAUUCCACGGAAUGCUGCAAAUUUAGCAAACGAAGUUUGCUGCUGCUGUCUGGAGCAAAGUGAAAACAAGACCAGCAUCAAAGCAUCAGCCGUGUUGCCAGUAAUUGGCCCAGUAAUUGCUCAGGUACCCAAAGGCACUGCUUUUAUUUCAUAUUCUACACCUUUUUUUUAUUAUUACUUUGCUUACUUUUACAUGAUAUAUCGGUACUAGCAGCGUUAUUGUUAGUUUUAUAUCACAACUGACACAACACAACAAAGACUGACAGUUUUGUUGAUGUAUGCGUUUAUUAAAGACAUAUUUAUCAAACUUUUCAUUCAAAUAUGCAAUUCCCUGAGGGCGCAGUGACGUUAAGUACAGGAACAAUAACAUUAGACAUAAAAAAGAAUAAAUAAAAACUGCAUAAAACCAUGAAUUGUAGUAUCAAAACCUGUUGGCGACAAAACUACAGGACAAAGACCUUUGCACCACAAUCGCCAUAAACGACUGGAAUUGAAGCAUCACGUUUAUUUUCCCGUAUUUUACUCCACAAAGGAAUAACAGCAGAAGCAUGUAUGCCAUAUCAACGAUAUCAGGCAAUAUAUUUCUUUCAUGUAUCAUUAAUUAACCCUCAGGUGUGCCUUUCAUUUACUAACCUUUCAUGUCCAGGGAGGACCAAAAAAAAGUCCUCUCCCGUAAAAUGUUUUAUUUCUAAUCAGUCCUAAAAAAAAAAAAAUGGCAUAAGAAGACAUGAUGCUCUUUAAUGUUUUUUUUCUGUGUGGAUAAGGAAUAAUAUAUGUUUUUGUUGGGAUGAGGUUGGAAUCUGGGUGGUUACGGGGGUGGGACUAGAUAAGUUUUGACUUCUUCCCACUCCUUUCGGAACAUGUGUACAUUUAUAUAUGUUACAUUUAUGUAUUUUUAUUUGUAUUGAUUUUGGUUGGUUUGUUGUGGUUUGGAUGUUUUUUUUAUGUUCGGAAUAAACUAAACUAAACUAAUGCACUUGGAAAGCCAGCAUUUUUGGAAAUGCUGCCAAUGUUCGACAGUAUGAAUUGCAUGUCUCAAACGACAAUUCCACAACUUUACAACAAUGAAAUAUGAUACUAUUGUGUUGUUAUGAUAUUUAUUUAUUAUCCAAACAAAAGUGCUUCAUUUGGUCUCCGAAAAUGUUGACAACAAUAUUGGUUAGCGUCAAUUUACGAGACGAUAAACAUUACGAAAUGCACCUGUUUUGUUUUGUAAGGCAGUAAAAUACAUUUGUCCAAUCAUGUUUUUUUUUACUUGAAAAGUUCAUGUUUCAUGAAAUGAUUUAUUUUAUUUCGAAAUGUGUGUGUAUAUAUAUAUAUAUAUAUAUAUACUAUAGUAUAUACUAUAUAUACUAUGUAUUUUUAUUGAUUUUGGUUGUUUUUUUGUGCUUUGGAUGUUUUUUAUGUUCAAAAUAAACUAAACUAAUGCAAUUGGAAAGCCAGCAUUUCUAGAAAUGCUGCCAAUGUUCGACAGUAUGAAUUACAUAUGAGGAAAUGCAUGUCUCAAACGACGAUUCCACAACUUUACAACAAUGAAAGAUGAUACUAUUGCAUUGUUAUGAUAUUUAUUUAUUAUCAAAACAAAAGUGCUUUAUUUGGUCUCCGAAAAUGUUGACAACAAUAUUGGUUAGCGUCAAUUUACGGGACAAUAAACAUUACGAAAUGCACCUGUUUUGUUUUGUAAGGCAGUAAAAUACGUUUGUCCAGUCAUGUUUUUUUUUUUUACUUGAAAAGUUCAUUAUUUUAAAAGUUUUAUUAUUUAUUUCGAAAUGUGUACUAUGUAUUUUUAUUUUUAUUGAUUUUGGUUGUUUUUUUGUGCUUUGAAUGUUUUUUUUAUGUUUGAAAUAAACUAAACUAAACUAAUGCAAUUGGAAAGCCAGCAUUUCUGGAAAUGCUGCCAAUGUUCGACAGUAUGAAUUACAUAUGAGGAAAUGCAUGUCUCAAACGACGAUUCCACAACUUUACAACAAUGAAAGAUGAUACUAUUGCGUUGUUAUGAUAUUUAUUUAUUAUUAAAACAAAAGUGGUUUAUUUGGUCUCCGAAAAUGUUGACAACAUUAUUGUUUAACGUCAAUUUAUGGGACAUUAAACAUUACAAAAUGAACCUGCAUUAUUUUGUCAGGCAGUAAAAUAUGUUUGUCGAGUCAUGUUUUUUUACUUGAAAAGUUCAUGGUUCAUUAUUAUUUAUUGUCUUAUUAUUAUUUAUUUCGAACAUAUGUACAUUUAAAUAUACUAUGUAUUUUUAUUUGUAUUGAUUUUGGUUGGUUUGUUGUGGUUUGGAUGUUUUUUUUAUGUUCGAAAUAAACUGAACUGAACUAAUGCAAUUGGAAAGCCAGCAUUUCUAGAAAUGCUGCCAAUGUUCGACAGUAUAAAUUACAUGUGAGGAAAUACAUGUUUCUAAUGACAAUUCCACAACUUGACAACAAUGAAAGAUGA